UGAGACUAUGUUAUUUCAUCCUUUUUCGCCCACCCCCGACGUCGGGGGCUAUGCUUAUCUACGCAUUACUCUCUCUCUCUCUCUCUCUCUCUCUCUCGAGAGAGAGAGAGAGAGAGAGAGAGAGCGCACUUACAGCGUGUUUUUUCGGCUCCUCGGCGAAAUUCUAUUAUGUAUCCGGACAUCAUCGCUCGCGCGCACGUGGAUUCUAUUUCGGGCUUCCCGCACGCGACGUAUAUCUCCUCAGUUUUUUCCCUCUUGUUGCGCGUGCAGCGAUUCUGCUCUUUUUUUCUCAUCCUUGAACCCGCCGGGUUUUCCCGCCCGCUAUAUACGCGCUUUUUGUUUUUUUAAUGCGCGGAAUCGAAAUCCGCUGCACACAAAGAGAAUGUUUUCUCUCCUCUCUUCGCGUCAUCGCGUCUUCCCCAAAAUUAGAAACGAGUUCUCAAAGCUGAUGUAUGCUCGCACGCUCGAGCCUGCGAUAAAUCAUGCGCACGUACGCGCCCGUAUAUAGUAUAUCCCUCUCUGACGUAGUCGGCGCCCCUAAUCUAUAGAGAGCGGACGAAAAAAAGGCGAAGGAUAGCGCGUAAGAGCCCGGGACACUCCAUGGCUCUCUCGACGCCGGCGCUAUUUCUCGGCAGCUCUGCAGACUCCCAUUCAUCGAGCGAGGGCCGCCCCCGCAGUGACGUCACUACGCCGCUAGCGGCGACGCGCAACUGCCUCAUAGCCACGCACGCACCGGACUAGUCCGCUCCGAGCAGCUUCGCCGGCUGGUCCUUUACUCUCUCUCUCUCUCACUCUCUGCGUAUCCUGUAGCUACUUAUAUUGUACGUACGGUUGAUGCAAACGAGUUACACGCUGUGCGGUAUUACGUCUGCAGUAUGCCCCUGCGGGAUUCCUACAACUGCUGCUGCUGCUGUCGACUGCAGCAGCUCCUUUCACUCAACUGGCUGCUGCAACAGCUCCAGCCGUCGAGGCCUAGGCGACACGGCUGCUACAACUGCGGCCCCACGACGAGAAGCCUGACGCCGAUACAGCCCAGUACCGCCGCUGAGGCACGGUCGGUGUCGCUUCUCACACGUGCGACUCUGGGAUCCGGCGGGCACAAAACGAUGGAGUCCGCCUGCCAGGUUAAGGGCUGCAAAGUGAACAAGAAGGCCAAGAACGUCGCGCAGGAUGACACUCGAGCCCUGAUCAAGGAGAACAACAACCUCAACGUCUGCAGCGACGAGGAUAACAACGAGGACGUCGUCGUGAAGAAGCAGCAGAACAACAACAAGAAGAACGCCAAAGGCAACAGCAGCAACAGCAGCAACAGCAGCAACAGCAGCAACAGCAACAACAACAACAACAGCAACGUGAGCAACAAGAACCGCAGCAGCAGCCCGGCUGUAGACAGCAACAAAGUCAACGGCAACAGCAAGCCCGCGACGAGCGAUGUCAGCAGCGGCAAAGUUCUCAACAUCACACAGACGACGAACGACGUCGCCUACAGCAAAGUCGUCUGCGGCAGCAAGAGCACGACGACGUCAGCGACGACGACGCCACAGCCGACGCCGCCGGCCAGCCCCAUGAGUUACAACAAAGUAGUCAGCAACAACCUCGUCAAUCACAGCAGCAGCAGCCAAGUUCCCAACAACAAAGUCGCCAACGAACAGGUCAACCAGACGAGCAGCAGCAGCAGCAGCAGCAGCAGCAGCAACGUGAUCUACAUCAGCGGCAGCGGCAGCGGCAACCAGCAGAUGAACAAGAAGGCUGUCGCGGCGCAGGCGGAGAAGGAGAAGCAGAUGGAGAAGGAGAAGGAGAAGGCAAAGGAAAACGAGAAGGAGAAGGAGGUCGAGUACAAGAAGUCGAGCGGCAACCCCGAGGUGCAGCAGAGGCACGCGGUCCUGAGCUACGAGCAGGUCUGCCGGCUGAACGACGUGAUGAACGAGGUGGUCAGCAUCCACGGCAGGGGGAACUUCCCGACGCUGGAGGUGAGGCUGUGCGACCUCGUGACCGUGGUCAGGGCCAAGCUCGAGGCCGACCCGAGCCUCGGAGGCGCCGGCAUGAAGGUCCGCGACAUCAGGCUGAACGGCGGCGCCGCCUCCCACGUCCUCGCCACCGAGUCCCAGCCCUACAACGACCUCGACCUUAUCUUCGGCGUGGAGCUGACGAGCGGCCGCAACUACGACAAGGUCAAGGCCGCGGUGCUGGGCUCCCUCUUCGACCUGCUGCCCGAGGGCGUCAGCCGCAAGCGCAUCACCACCUGCAGCCUCAAGGAGGCCUACGUGAGCAAGAUGGUGAAGGUGAACAACGACGGCGACAGGUGGUCGCUCAUCUCCCUCGGCAACUCGCGCGGCCACAGGAACGUCGAGCUCAAGUUCGUCGACACGAUGAGGCGGCAGUUCGAGUUCUCCGUCGACUCCUUCCAGAUCGUCCUCGACUCGCUGCUGCUCUUCCACGAGUGCAGCAAGAUGCCCAUGGGCGAGAACCUCUACCCCACCGUCGUCGGCGAGUCCGUCUACGGGGACUUCCACGAGGCGCUCUACCACCUCCAGAAGAAGCUCAUCUCCACGAGGCAUCCCGAGGAGAUCAGGGGCGGCGGCCUCCUCAAGUACUGCAACCUCCUCGUCAAGCAGUACAAGCCGGCACAGGCCGACUACAUCAAGACCCUCGAGCGCUACAUGUGCUCGCGCUUCUUCAUCGACUUCCCGGACAUCGGCCAGCAGAAGGCCAAGCUCGAGAACUACCUGUGGAACCACUUCGUCGGCCCGGAGGAGGAGGCCCUCAAGUACCAGUACCUGAUGCUCCUGCACAGCGUCGUCGAGGAGUCGACCGUCUGCCUCAUGGGCCACGAGCGCCGCCAGACCCUCGCCCUCAUCGACAGCCUGGCCUACCAGGUGCUCUGCCAGGAGCAGCAACGACUGACCAACCACCAGGCGCCACCGACGGCCUACGUCUACGCCAACGGCUACUACUACGCCCCCGUCAUACCGACCGCGUGCUACACCUGCACCUGCAACUCCUGGAUGGCCUGCUCGUCGUGAUGCGAUGAGCUCGCCCCAGACGACGACGAAGCCGCGCUAGCAGCAGAGCAGGACUACCACCACCAGCCCUCUUCAGCCAGCACGACGACUGCCAGCUGCUCGACCGGCUGCGGUUCUCGGCCAGCCUCCACAAACGCGGCGAGGGAUAGACCACCACCACCACCACCACCACCACUAGCAGCAGCCCACUUGCCCGCGACGCUGCUCUUUCUCUCCCUUCGCAAGCUUCCGGCGAGAGAUUUUUUAGCCAGCUGCCGACCACGACUACUCCGGCACACGCGAACACACCCACGCAUACACAGCUACACGUGGACACAUUCGGGGCGACUACCAUCACCGAUGGACUCUGCGCAGGAGGCGUCGGAUUCGGGCAGUCGAGACGGGACUGAGCUGGGGGCAACGGCAAACGAAAGACUAUAAAAUAUAUCGAUGUAUAGGUACAGGAUAAAAAAAGGUCCACUACGUCCACGUCGACAUCGUCGUACUCGUCGUAUUAUAAACGCGCUCUUUCGUCAUGACUUAUGUGAUGCUUACUUAAAGAAAACUGAUUGCGACGACGCGAAAAUAUAAACGUCUCGUCUCGCGUGCGACAGCCGCUGCUGCCGCCGCCUUAUAUAUACCGCUGCUGCACGAGAAAUAAGUGCGAGGCAGCUCCUUUUGCUCAAUGUUGCUGCUGAUAAGGAUAACGACGAUAUGUGUCGAAAGAAGAUGGUGAUGAUAAUGAUGGAGAAGAAGUUACUUUCAAUCGCUCUCUCGAGAAGGCCAUUUUAAAUCAACAGGUGCUGUGCUUAAAAAACAAACGUCGUCGCGUGGUUCAUAUCAAAGUCAAGAGUACAAGAGCGAGACGAAAAAUUCGAGUAUGCUUGUGAUGAUGACGAGAGAAGGCGGUGCGUGACGACGCUGCCGUCUCCUCCGUCAAGUUGUGCGUGAGAAGAGCGAGAAGAGGAAGAAGAACUGAAGUACACGAAGAAAAGAAAAUAGAAGAGGGAGAGGCGUUGCGUUGUGUUUCGCGAGAAGAAUCAUUCCGACGUUGCGCAAGCGAUAAGAGAGCGCGAAACAGUAUACUGCAGAUAUAGGCGCACGGGAAAUUCGAGGUGCGAUCGUCGUUGCGACACACGAAGGGUUUGCUUCGCAAAGAACGGUUCUAUAUAUCGACGGGCAAUCGCGGGAAGGAGAAUGAGUAAUGAUCGAUUCUCACUUGAGAUUUAUGUUUUUUUUUUCUCUCUUUUCUAUUAUGCAUAUUCCGUACAGCAGCGACACGCUCGCCUGCGUACGGUUACAUAUUAAAGUAAUCAACAAGUUGUAAACGAGGUUUAAUGGAAAGAAAAAUAAAUCCACUACAUGCAAGUAUGUUAAUUAAUUAUCUGUCCGAUUAAUUAAUUAAUGUGUGGCUGUGAACAUUAUUUUCGUUUAGAUAAACUAUAUCGUAGGUUUUUUCGAUGUAGACAGAAUUUUAAAGUAACGGUUGUGCAGAGCAUAAUAGAGAUGUAAAGGCGAGGAUCUAAACAAAAUGUACUGAGACUAAUCGGGGAACGAAUCAAAACGAGAAUUAAGAAAACAAAGUAACGAAGAGAUUUUAAAGGUAUAUGUAUACAGGAAGCGCGCAGCUCGAACUCGCCGAUGUCAUUGUUUAUAUUUUAUCGUUUGCCAUGUUUCCGCUGUAAAAAGACAAACCGCCGGGAAAGAGUGAAAUGGAGAAAAAGGGAGUGAAACAGAGAUAAAAGUGAAAUCAGAGCGCCAAACUUUUGCAGAGUACUUAAGCGCGUCCGACGAGGAAUAAUUGUACUGCGCGCGUUGUGUUACACUUGACUUUAAUUCGAAGCAGAGAACGUAAUAUCUCGUCGCACACGGGGGAAUGAUCUCGGCGAACUGCGCGUAGAGUUUCCCUUUUUUUCUUCUUUCUCUCCGAGAGAAACUAAGCGAACUACGCGGUGCCGAUUGUGGUCGUUUUAUUUUCAGAUCGAGUUUUUGAUUAUCCGCAAGUGCUUGCGGCGCGCAUACGUAACUUCAGCGCGACGAAAAGAAUGUAUUUCCAGCGCGCGUUCCACAAAGUUUAAUCGAAGCGCGGAUUUGAAUUUAUAAUUUUACGCGCAUAUACGUCACGGAAUGUAAAUAGAAAAAUGCGAGAGUAUGCGUAUCUCGAAGACGACGAUUUUUCAUGAAAUUUUAAGAAGAAAGAAUCAUUCCGCAGCUCGGCGACGGCGAAGCGGAGAGAAAAAUCGGGGCUACGCGAAAACCACCCGCCGAUCCGGAUCGAUAUCGCGGCGUGUCUGCCGUGUACAUGUGUACGAGAGCGAGAGUGUGUGUGUGUGUGUGUGUAUACACGUGUAUCCGCAAAGAGAGCCAGGCUGACCUCGUUACUCUGCGCGCGCCGUCGCUCCGUUGCUAGCUCACACCCUCGCGAGCGAGAGAGUUCGAGUACGCGCUAGACACACGGCAACAGAGGAGAGAAAGAGAGAGAGAGAUAAGCAUUCGCGCCCUCACUCUUCCUUUCCUGCAGCGCCGAGCGCGUAGAGCUGCGAGCGAAAGUAAAGCUCUCGCGGAUAAAAAGGCCGUCGCGCUGCCACGAGCAAACUGGUUUUUCAGCUAUCGCGUUAAUGCUAAGAAGGCAAACACUGCGCGCAGCCCGUAUAUACAUGUAUAGAUCUGUACACACACACAUAGCAGCUCUGCCAUAAUACCGAUUUCGCGCGCAACCUGAGUUUUGAUUUUCCUUUAGCACACAGCAAUAACACAAGUUGCUGUUUCCUUUUUAUUUUAACAAGCGGAUCCCGAGUCGUAAAUCUCGUUGCGCGAUGCUGUUUACGCGCCAUACGAGGGCUGCUUUUACCCGUCGGCGGUGGCGCCUUUUGACCUUGCUCCAUGCCGCACAUCUCGAAAGUCAACCGGUUUUCUUGUUUACAUCGCUCUCCGGUGCAUCACGCUUUUAUCUCAGUUUCUCUCUUUGCAGUCUGACGGGGUCGCUAUUACAAUGCAUACACGCACUUCCACGCGAAGGCAGUUCCUGCUUUCGAACUUUAAGUAUAUACGGUGAGCUUCGAGCUGUACGUCCAACUGACACGUUGUUGAAUCGAUGCAAUCGAGACGCUGGCAGAUUUCGAAAAAGGAGGAGAAAAAAAUUAGAAACGAAAGAGACAUACGGGGUUUGUCUUGAGAGUGAGAUAUUUUGCUAAAUAUUAUAGUCUUAUUAAGUUAUCGUAGGGAGUAAUUUAUGAAAAAAGACCUAAAGGGACGUUGAUCACGCGCGUUUCCUGAUUAUUAUGCGAAUGGUUAUUAUUCACUGUGUACAUAGGAGAGAUGUAGCGAGACAGAAAGAUGCGAGUGACGAAGGACGAGGUUGAGGUGGAGAAUAUACGAAAAAGCGGUUGCAAGCGACGACGACGAUGUUGACACUAUUAUUAGCAGCGGCGGCGCUAAUUUUUACUCUUGUAUUCGAAGCGAUCCUUUCGUACGAUGAUAUAACGCGACGACAUAACCACGAUCACGAGAUAUGAUUGAUUGUACAGAGGUGGCCCGCCGCCAUUAUUAUUGGCUGAACUUUUCGCGCGCGGCUCGUUUUCUUAAAAUAACAUAGCUAUGCCAAAAAUACCAAAAAAAGAGAAAAAUUUUCCGUCGAGCGGGAGAAUUGCCAAAAAACAAAAAAAAAAAAGGAGAAAUUGCGACAAAAGAUGUGCGCGCUCUCACGGGAGAGAUUGUAAGUAACAAAUGUGUAAAAAAAAAACAAACAAAAAACAAAUGAAAACAUAAAAAUAACGAGACUGAAGCACACUCGUACAUAUACAUCGAUCGGGUUUGUUAAUUGCGCGCGUCUGCAUCCUCGUAUCGAGCGAUAGUUAUCGAAUGACGAGAGAGCUAUAUACGAAGUAAA